AAAUAUCAAAAAUACGCAUUUCCCCUUGUUUUAGUUAUUUAGUCUUAAAAAUACAUGGUUGGGAAGUACUGUCUAUUAGCUUUGCAAAGUUCAGGCCACUGCUUUUACUUUAGUUCUCUGUCCUACAGGAAUCUCACAAAGUGAUGAAUGGUGGAAAGAGGAGCUCAGUAAGUCCUCAGGCACUUCCUGACUGUGAGCUUAUUAAUUCCAAAGGACACCAGCCAGUGAAAGCUGUAAUUUUGACCACAUGCCUGGGGAUGUGCAUCGCUAAGUGGAAGUACUUGUAUUCAAGUGAAUGCAGUUACUCACAGGUCUAAUAAAAAAAGUCUAUUUCCAGAACAGAGAUACUAGUUUAAUAUUCCCUCUUAGUCUUUAUAUUUUGCCGUUUUAUAUAUUGCAGGCUGAUUUUAUUUAUUUAUUUAUUUUGGCAUUAAAAAUAAUUUCUGUGAAGUAGUAAGUCCUAUUGUUCUUAGCUCUUAAAUUCACCUCCGUAAGCAGGUUUUAGUAUCUAUUUAUCAGUAAAUAUUUAAAAGAUAAUUUGAAAGUGCCAGAAAUUAGUAGUGCUUCAUUUCCAGAAGUUCUGUAAAAUUAAAGUUAACCAGACUUGCGGUUUUGUAGAUACGGAUACAGAGAGAAGUGUUUUAGAAUAUGUUGUGCUGUGAUGUUACGUCUUGACAUUUGGGGAAGUAGCUCUUAUUUCUGUUGUAAAUUAUAGUGCACACACAUAAAGCAAAUUGUCUUCAGUUUAAACAAUGUUUCAACAGUACUUUUAUUUGCAUUUCAUUUCUUCUUUUCUAGUUUUCUAAAACUGUUACAGAUGCAGUAUGAUAUUACCAGAAUUGUAUACUGUACACACAAAUCUAAAUUUCUUGCUUUUCCUUGUCUUCUGCCAUCUUCUCAUUUCCCCUUUUAAUGUUUUUUAUCUUCCCUUUUAGUCUCCAGUUUCUCCUUUUACUUAAAGAAAACCUUGAAAAUUGGUGGAUGAUGAUUGAAAUCAUCAAAGGAUUUAGUAUGCAGUUCUAUCAAAUUGUGCUGUCACAUUUAUAAGAAAGCCUAGGAGAAGGAACAGUAUCAUGUACCAUCCAUCCCUUAAUGCCACACAUCCUGGACAGGUUAAAGUAUUCAGGGCCCUAUAUACAUUUGAGCCCAGAACGCCAGAUGAACUAUACUUUGAAGAAGGUGAUAUCAUUUACAUCUCAGACAUGAGUGAUACAAAUUGGUGGAAAGGAACUUGCAAAGGGAGAACUGGACUAAUUCCAAGCAACUAUGCUAGAGGCAGAAAUGUGAAAUGUUGCAAUUGCAAAUUGUUACGGGAGGAAUACACUCAAAAGUAAGAUAAGGUUUGGAUAGGUCAUGAUUGUCCUUAGUAUUCCGUUUUUUGUAGCUAAAGCAUGUUAUAUUUAUCUGCUUUGCACCUGAUGAUAAUAACAGUUUGAUCUGAGAAACAUACUCUUAUGUUGUCCCAGCCUUUUUAAUAAGCUGCAGAGCAGGGCUUUGGAGAGCCUACUCAUCUCAGAUUGAACCCUUACUAUUUACAGACAUUUCUACCUAAAAAGAUUUUUACAAAAGAGUUGCCAAAUCACAGCUUGACUUCUAGAUGUUCCACUGCACUGUUCAUUUUCUUUUUGCUGUUUGCUGUUGCAACAGAACACUGGCCAGAAACUGGUGGGUACUGUUCCCCAGUAAAACCUAAAGCUUGUGAGAUGAAGAAAAGAUCUACAGAAGCCUGAACUUUCAUCUGUAUUCUUUGGUUAAGCAGUUUUGAUCCUCAGAUCUCCUCUAAGUUUUCCAGAGAAAAUAAAAAUCUAUGUAAAAUAAAUUGUAAUGCUAUUGACAGUGAGUUUUCUUAGCUACCUCUAGGUAAUCCUUGCAAAUAAUUUUCUCAUAACUACAGAUGGCAAUCUGUAGGUUGAAAGCCUAGCUGCAUGCAGCUGCUUAAGAACAUCUUACAACUGUAGAAAAGGCAAUGUAACAACUGAGGUAGAAUAUUACCAGAUUUCCAGUGACCUGCAGCUGCUGAUCAAUUCAGUGCUGCUGUUUGAAGUUUUUACAGGCUAUUCUUUGAGUUGCUUUUCCAUACACAAUAUAUUGAAUUUUAUCUGACUAGUCUUGGCAUAUCCAACCUGCAGGUUGCAUGCGGCCUGGCACAGCUCACAAUGCAGAGACCAUGCUCCAUCAUUGCAGGCUGUCCCAAGUGCCCACCCAUCUCUUGGAAACAGUCAAACCACUGAUGUAUGGUCAGCCCUGUUGGGAUUGGAACCAAGACAUGGAGAGCACAGAGGGCUGAAUCUGCCUCUUGCUCCCACCACAUGCAGUCAGCUGCCUCAAGCCAUGUGUGUGUUAUGCAUGGCAAGUGCUUGUGCUGCUUGCUGGGAAAAACACAGUGAUUUCCAGUGCUUUUAUCUCAGCCUGCCUCAUUGCAUCUCAGAAGAAAACAAAACACAGUAAAAGAAAAAUUUUGAAUGAAGGAAGAGUGUUCAACAAACUAUGGACAGAUGAGUAUUUUUUUGUCAAGACAAAUAGGAUGACACUAUGCUUAAUUUGUAAGGAAACUGUCAGUUUUCAAAGAUUACAAUUUGGAAAGACAUUAUCUGCAGAAAUCUGCUACCAAAUUCAAACAAUGAAAAUCUUACUGGUGGUGAGUUUAUUGAGCAACAUUAGGAAAGCAUGGCAGAUAUAUUGUGCCCUGAAAAAUAAAAAUCAGAUUUUUCUAAAAUCAGUUUGACUCACCAGAUGCAGUCAAGCAGAUUGAAGAAAUAGGAGCAUCUAUAAAAAUUUGGCAAGUAAAACUGCCAAUUUUGAAUUCUGAACUUUGGUGAUAGGUGAAAACACUGAUGCUACAUAUAUGGCUGAACUUGCCGUUUUCUUUAGAGGUAUUGUUGAUGAAUAUAAUAUCACUGAAUGAAUGGUUUCUUUGAUGCCAUUACAAGACAUGACUAAAUCUCUUUAUCUGUAUGAAGCAGUAAAAAAUUACAUUAGAGUGAUUUUCCUGAACCCUUGUUAAUGUAUGUACUAUAGCUACCAACAUUGUCUUGGUGAUAGUUGGUA